AUGGUGGGGAAUAGUAGUGAAGCUGUGGGGGAGGGCGGCGGGGAGGUGGGGCGGCUGCAGGAUGAGCUCUCUAAGGCACACGAACGAUUGCGACUCUGGAAGGACAAGACACAAUCUGGAGUCGAUCAGUUGCGCAACCGUAUUGUAGAGCUUUCCCGCGAGCUUGAUGAAUCGCGUUCGACGAAUGCACAGCUGGAAGAAAAGCUGCGCGGUAUCACAGAAGCUCCUUCUACUUCUGUUGCUCCUCUGGCUGUUCCCGGAGUUUUAAUAUGUGCUAUGACCGAGUGGGCGAAUUCUUCGAUGAAUAUGAUUGCCGCUACUUCUAUUGGGAAAUUGGAGGGUGCGUUGGAUUUGGCCGCCGCCGUGUCGCAGGAGUUGGACAAGUACAAGCGGAGGACCGCCCAAACUCUGCGCUUGCAGACAAGGAACUUGGAGGCGUUGCAGCUUGAAAUCUCUGGUCUCCGUCAGGAGCUGAAUGCAGCACUGGACGAAGUUAGAGAGCGCAACUGCGCAGUUGAGAGCCGGGAUCAGGCGAUUGCUGUGCUUCAGAACCGCGUCGAGGAUCUGGAGGCGGCUAACGCGCGGCUCGAGUCCUCACGAGUAAUGAUGAGCAGUAAGCCGAACGCUGAGCAAAUAAAUGUGCUUGAGGCGCGGGUGGAGGAGGAGGUUGAAAGCUUGCGGCACGAGUUCAUUUCGCGUGAGGCGGCCAUCUUUGACCAGCACCGCGACGAGUUGGAGCGUCUCAUCACCGCGCACGAGCAGGAGGUGGCGGAGCUGCGCGCCGAGUUGGAGGAACGGCCGCUCGCUGCAGCGCCCAUGGUGGAGACCGACGGGCAGCCAGCUGGCGGGGUCAGUGACGCAGCAUACGCUGAGCUCGUCUCUGACUUCGAGGCGCUGCAGGAUGAAUUGCGGGUGACGCGGACGGAGAAUCAGCGGUUGUUGCGGGAGCUGCACGACCUGCGGGAGCGGCCGCCGCACGGUGACAGUACAGCCACCGGCGGAAGCGGUGGCAUCAACAUGGACAACAACAACAACAACAACAACCACAGGGGCAGCGGCACUGCAAAUACCACGCUGCGACGCGGGCCUCAGACGUGGCCAGAGGCGCUCGUCCAUAUUGCGGAGCUCGAGAGUGGUAUGAAGCGGCUAUCCGACGAGCUGUGCGAGGCGAAGAAGCGCCUCAUUGAGUCGAAACACCAGGCUAACACCAAGGAGGGCGGAUGCUCGCAGGCUCUGGAGGGACAGCAGCUAUCGUAUCUGAAGUUUGUUGUUGUGAAGUUGCUUUGCGGCAAUGAUGAUGCUCAAGUGGCGAUGAACCUCUUCCCUGUGCUGAGCACGCUGUUGCAUUUUGAUCCGACAGACUUGCAAGACAUAUACGCAGCAAACCCGGGAUGGAUGAAGCGGAGGGCAUUAUAG